UUGAUUUGACAUUUCUUCUUCUUCUUUUUGGGACAUAACCUAAUUUUUCGGAGUGAUUUUUACUUGUAAACAAAGGGAAAAUCGUGAAAAUAAAUUCUUUUUCUUGAAAAAAGUGAUAAAAUAAGUGAAAAUGGGAGAUCGAUACAAUAUUCACAGCCAACUGGAGCAUCUGCAAAGUAAAUACAUUGGCACAGGACACAGCGAUACGACAAAAUAUGAUUGGCUCACAAACCAGCACAGGGACUCUUUGGCAAGUUACAUGGGUCACUACGAUCUCUUGAGCUACUUUGCAAUUGCAGAGAAUGAAUCCAAAGCCAGGAUGCGCUUCAAUUUGAUGGAGAGGAUGCUUCAACCCUGUGGAGCAAUGCCAGAACCAGAAAAACACGAAGAUUGAAUGAGAUCUCAUGGAUUUUUAUUCUCAAUAAACUUGGAUACACGCUC